AUGGCACCAGACCUCUCGAACCGUCCCAAGAUCAUCCUCGGCGCAGGCCAAUUCGGCGGCCCUCGCGUUCCCGACACAGCCGCCGUCAAAGCCCAAUGCACCCUCUUCCACUCCUACAACCACACCACAAUCGACACCUCCCGCGCCUACCCGCUCGAACACCUCGGGCGCUCGGAAGAACUCCUCGCCUCGUCUGGGACAACCGCCUGGGCGACCAUCGACACGAAAAUCAACUCCUUGAUCGAAAAGGCUCUUUCGAAGGAGAAUGUGAGGAAGAGUAUUGAGGAGAGUUUGAAGGCGCUCGGGGUGGAGCAGGUGGAUGUCAUGUAUUUGACGUUGCGGUCGGUGGAUGUGCGGUUUGAGGAGACGGUGGAGGCGAUGGAUGCGGCGUGGAGGGAGGGGAGGUUUAGGAGGUUUGGGUUGAGUAAUUAUUCUCCUGGGGAGGUGGAGGAGAUUGUGGAGUUUGCGGAGAAGAGAGGAUUCGUCAAGCCGACUGUUUAUCAGGGGCAGUAUAACCCUGUGGCGAGACUGGCUGAGAAGGAGCUCUUGCCGGUUCUCAGAAAGUACGGCAUUGCUUUCUAUGCUUACUCUGGCAAAGUCACGAAAGACUCGAUCAACCUGCCAGAAGGCCGCUUCUCCAACUCCACCUUCGCUGGCAAAUUCUACUCAGCAUCAUAUUUGCGUGACGAGCUGUUGAGCAGUGCCAUGAAAGUGCACGAGGCUGCUCAGAAGCAUGGCCUCACUGGUCAUGCGGUAGCCAUGAGAUGGGUUCUCCACCACUCAGCGCUCCGUGGAGAGCUUGGAGAUGCAAUGUUAUUUUCUGCUGCUCAUCUGAGCCAGAUUGAGGAAAAUUUGAAGAUUUGUGAUCAAGGAUCGUUGCCUGAAGAACUUGUCAAAGUCGUGGAUGAUAUCUGGGCAGUAGCUGAGCCUGUCGCGCCUUGGGCUUGGAUUGAUGUCAAGGCUCAAGCUGCGGCGAUCAAGGAGGGAUUGAACUCGAUGAAGAAGUAG